AUGGAAACUGAAUCAAUAUCAAUAUCAAUACCAAUAUCAUCUUCAUCGUCACCAUUAAAGCGAACUCAUUCACCACCUUGUUCACCAGUGAAAAAAUCAUUUUUAUCUCGAUUACGUCGUACUUCAACUUCACCUUAUCAACAACCCAACUCAGGGUCAUCUUCUUCUUCUUCCUCUUCUUUAUCUUCGACUGAAGGGAACACUUCAGCAUCAGCUUCGAGUGUACAACACCCUAUACCGAUGAGAUCUGUAAUUUCGAGCGUCAACGAAAGAGGUCAAGUUAAAAAACAACAAGUCGGCGUGCCGUUCAUGAUUGGGAUGGGAAUUAGUAUGGGCCCAUCAACAAGUGUAAAACAUGGUUUUGGAAUGGAAGAUGAAUUAGAAUGGGAAAGAGUCAAAACUUUACCCAGAGUAAGAUUAGUCCCACCGGAAGAAGAACAAAGUGAACCUAUAAUGCUUUAUCCACCACCACACAUGACAAGACCACCAACGCCUCCUCCAGUAUUACCACAUCCAUUCUUAUCUCCACCUUCUUCUCCACCGACUUCCCCACCCAGACGAUACAGUACAGGACCGAGUUCACCACCUACUUCACCUACCAAAAGACCUUUGAGUAUAUAUUCCAAUUCACCUCAGUGGGCAGGGAUGGCAGACGGAUUCGUCUUGCCCCCACCUAAAUUCUCGAGAACAUCAACGGGCUGGACUAAGAAUGUAGGAAAUUCAGUUGUGAUGCCUAAAAAGAGAGAACAAGUGAAUGAAGAUAGAAGAAGAAGAUUAAGUGGUAUGGAUAUCAUUGGUAGUCCACCUACUUCUCCUCCUUCACUAAUGAUGAGAAGUCUUGAAAGUCAAGAGGAAAUCGCUGCCAAUAAAAGGAUGAGAGUUGAAGAAACGCCAAAGAUAGAUGAACCACUUUUCGAGCAAGUAGCUCAAGAAGCUAUACUGGAAGGUACUUUGGAGCUCACAGCUUCUCCUACGGAUAUGGAUAUAGAUGAACUGCCAAAACCUUUACCGGUUCCUUCAAACAAUGACUCGGCAGAGAUCAUAACAGACACAACUUCUGAUCUCGUGCCUACCAUCCAGUCAGAUUCCGCCGCUACAUCUGUUGUACCAGUGAAAUCAAAUAAUGUAGCUUCAAGCUCGAAAGCAAGUCGUAGGUCAAGAGCCCUAUCCCUCUCGGCAGCAUUCUCAUCCUCGACAUCACUGAAGAGCGAAGUACCCCCAUUACCCGCUUUACCGUCUCGUCCACCUAUCCGAAAACAGAAAUCACUCAAGAUGUUUUUCUUCAGUUCUUCCACACCAGCCGAAGCAGUAAUUACGACCCCACCGAUACCCACACUCCCAUCGAUUGCACCGCCAGAAAGGCAAUCGCUAGACGAGAAUGUAUCACACAAAGACGGCAAAGAUAAACCAUCAAAGGGAAGAAACAUCCUUCAGAGGGCAAGAUCAAAACCUUCAUUGAAGAUCGAUAUCAAAGUUCCCAAACAUAAUGAAUCGGCAAUUUCACCGUCCACACCAGCACUCGCAACUGGUGGGAGUGAUAUCUCAACUGCUUCUACAUCCACAACUUCGAAUGUGGCUACUCCUGCCCCUACCCCUAAUCAACCUAGAGGCUUGAGUAAAAGAUUCUCCUUAUCAAACAUGUCUCAAGCAUUCAAGAAGAAGUCCAACUCCACUCCUGUUCCUGCCACGAUGGAUAAGUCAUCUUCAGGAUCACCCGUACCAAUGGUACCUGAUUUACCUGAUAUCUACAAGAAACAAAAAAGUAAAGUCAUGGAAUCUGCUUUACCUAUAAGUCCAAGGAAAUCCAAAACCGUAGACUUGGAGAAACAAAUUCGACCCGAGAUCAUCCCUUCAACCGGAUUACCAAAAAGAAGCGAUUCAUCAGAAGGCAUUCAAUCACUCGCUUCACUUGCCGACACAGAGAACCCCACUCGACCAGAAAAAGAGAUAUCACCUCUGUUCACAGAAGAACCUCAACCUUUACUUCCAGCAUUUGAAGUUCCACCAAGACCAAGAUCAAGUUCUCCUAUAUCGAUCUCCCUUUCAUCUAUCUCUACCGUCGAUAUAGAUGAUCUGGACGAUUCACGAAGAGAUGACGACGAAGUUGAAGAAGAUGAACAGGAAUUAAUUCAUGCUAAAUUGAUGCACGUUUCACCUAGAACAAGAAGAGAUCCAUCUUUGUCCUUGCAAGAAUUCUUAUCUUCUGCUCCUGGGAAAACAUCCAAUGUGGUUGUCGUUCCGAGUAAAGGCUUAAGAAGAUCAGUGGAAGCUGUCAUUCUAGGUCCAUUAGCGAUGGGUUUCCAAAGUCCCCCUAAUGGAUAUCCGUCAGGAUCAGGGACUAAAAGGGAAAGUAUGGUUUUGGACAAAGUCAUAGAAAGAAGAGGUAGUGAGACUGAAUCAGAGUAUGAAAUAGCUACUCCCUUAGAUGAAAGUGCAGACCUUUUUCCCGAAGAGAAUGAUGAUGCGGAUCAAGGAGAAUCUACUCCAAAACCAACAUCUUCAAGGACUGCCGGCGAGUCUUCGGAACACGAUAAAAUUGAAAUAGAUUCAUUAGACAGUGAUACUGUGCUAGUUGAAGCUCCACUGAUCACCGAAAUGGAUUUGGAGAUAAAAGAAGAAGAGAACAUACACGUGAAAACAACACCAACCAAACCAAUUCAGCAAAAUAAAAAUAGAUUCGCAUCACCGGAAGCUUUGUUGAAGAGAUUACAUUCUUCUUCCAGAAGGAAUCAACAGACUCCAUACCACGCCAAAAAGAUUUCUUCAGAUAGGACCCAUAUCAAGAAUGAGAUUCCAGCUCCACCCAUAAAUCAGCAAGGUUCAGGCGUGAUCAUGACAGCUGAAUUUUCAAGCUUGACAAGGGAAAUGCAAUUGAGAAGUCUCAAAUUCGAAAGUCUAGGUUUGGAUUUUGACGAUUGGGAUGAACGAUUAUUAUUGUCUUCGGCGGAAAUCGCGACGAGUGCUCAAGGAUUGAUCAGAGAAAGAACGGAAGAGAAUGUAGAGAAGAAAGAAAGGCGAGAUACCAUUUGGGACUGA